GCGGAGCGGGCAGAGAAAGGGAGCGGGGACAGUAAUGGCGGCCAGUUAGAGCCGGGCUGAGCCCGAGAGGCGGCGGCGACAGCGGCGGGAGGAGCCGGCGCGGCUCCGGCUGCGUCUCUGCCCGGCGGAGCGGCUUCCCCGGAGGGCUUUUCUUCCUUCCUCCCUCCUCCCCCCUUUCCCCCUCUCCCUCCCCUUCCCCUCCCUACCCGAGCCCCCGCCUGUCCGCCCUCCCUCCCUCCCUCCUCCCUCCGCGCCGGCGGCGGCGGCGCCCCCCGUGUCCCCCCUCGCCGGGGCCAUGGUGAACACCAGGAAGAGCUCCCUGCGCCCCCUGGGCAAAGCGGCGGCCGCGGCGGCCGGGGCCGGCAGCCAUUUCAUCUCGUCCCGCACCCGCUCUUCCAAGAGGGGCACCAAGGCAGAUGCGGCCGGGCUGGAGGAGGCGGCGGCAGCGCGGAAGGAUGAAGGUAGUGAUGCUAGUUUGAGUGAUAGCCACAUCUCUCCUCCCGCCAAACGUACCUCAAAACAUGCUGAUCCUGUGUGCAAAGACAAAUCAAAAUCACGCAGUACUGGGCAGCGAGAGGAAUGGAGCAUCUCAACUGGACAGUCCAGGUUAACUUCUCAGCCUGGUGCUACACUACCAAAUGGACGUAGCUUAUCUCUCAAAAGCCACCCCCUUCGAGGGGAAAAAAAGGGAGAUGGGGACCAUGCUUGCAUAAACGGAGAUAUAGAAGUCAGAAAAAGUUGUCGGUCCAGGAAAAACAGAUUCGAAACUUUGAAUCAGAGUUUAUUGUUUGAUCAGCUAGUAAACAGUACUGCUGAAGCUGUCCUACAGGAAAUGGACAAUAUCAACAUCAGGAGGAACAGGCGAUCGGGGGAAGUGGAACGGCUACGGAUGUGGACAGACACAGAAUUUGAAAACAUGGAUAUGUAUUCUCGAGUGAAAAGGAGGAGGAAAUCACUGAGGAGAAAUAGCUAUGGAAUUCAGAACCACCAUGAGGUAUCCACAGAAGGGGAAGAAGAAGAGUCUCAGGAAGAAGAUGGAGAUAUAGAAGUAGAAGAAGCCGAGGGGGAAGAAAAUGAUCGACCCUAUAAUCUCAGACAGAGAAAAACUGUUGAAAGAUACCAGGCCCCUCCAAUAGUGCCAGCACAUCAAAAAAAGAGAGAAAAUACACUGUUUGACAUCCACAGAUCUCCUGCAAGAAGAAGCCAUAUCAGGAGAAAGAAGCAUGCCAUUCACAGCAGUGAUACAACCUCUUCAGAUGAAGAACGCUUUGAAAGAAGAAAAUCUAAAAGCAUAGCCAGAGCAAGAAAUGGGUGCUUGCCUUUAAACUUUAGAGCAGAAGACUUAGCUAGUGGAAUCCUUCGAGAACGUGUGAAAGUUGGGGCCAGUUUGGCUGAUGUUGACCCUAUGAUUGUUGAUAAAUCGGUGUGUUUUGAUAGUAUAGGGGGAUUGAGCCAUCAUAUCCUUGCACUUAAGGAAAUGGUAGUGUUUCCUCUUCUCUAUCCAGAAAUAUUUGAAAAAUUCAAAAUUCAGCCACCAAGGGGCUGUUUAUUCUAUGGUCCUCCUGGAACAGGUAAAACCUUGGUAGCUAGAGCUCUAGCUAAUGAGUGCAGUCAAGGAGACAAAAAGGUGGCUUUCUUUAUGAGGAAAGGAGCAGACUGUCUCAGUAAGUGGGUUGGUGAAUCCGAACGUCAGCUUCGACUCCUUUUUGAUCAGGCAUACUUGAUGAGACCCUCUAUAAUCUUUUUUGAUGAAAUAGAUGGCUUGGCUCCAGUUCGUUCUAGCAGACAAGAUCAGAUUCACAGCUCCAUAGUGUCUACUCUUCUUGCCCUCAUGGAUGGACUGGAUAAUAGAGGUGAAAUAGUUGUAAUUGGUGCUACAAACAGACUGGAUUCUAUAGAUCCUGCGCUCAGGAGACCUGGUCGCUUUGACAGGGAAUUUCUUUUCAACUUGCCUGAUAAAAAGGCACGAAAGCACAUUUUACAAAUUCAUACCAGGGAUUGGAACCCCAAAUUGUCAGAUCCUUUCUUAGGAGAACUGGCUGAAAAAUGUGUUGGGUACUGUGGAGCUGACAUAAAAGCACUUUGCACUGAGGCUGCCUUGAUUGCCCUGAGACGACGCUACCCCCAGAUUUACAUGAGCAGUCAGAAGCUACAGCUGGAUGUUUCCUCGGUAGUCCUCAGUGCGCAGGAUUUUUAUCAUGCAAUGCAGAAUAUUGUGCCUGCUUCCCAGCGUGCCGUGACGUCUUCAGGACAUGCACUGUCUCCUGUGAUCAGACCACUCUUGGAACGGACCUUCACUAAACUUCUUGAGGUUUUACACAAAGUGUUCCCUCACGCUGAAUUUAGCCAGGGUGACAAAAGUGAAGAUGUACCAAGUCUAAUAUUAGAUGAUAGUGAAGAUGAGAAUGCAUCAUCAAUUUUUGAGACGAGCUGUCACUCAGGAUCACCAAAGAAACAGUCAUCAGCUGCUAUCCAUAAACCCUACCUUCAUUUUACAAUGUCAGCUUAUCACCAGCCAACCUCUUACAGACCGAGAUUACUGCUCUCUGGAGAAAGAGGUUCGGGUCAGACUUCGCACCUUGCUCCAGCACUAUUGCACACUCUGGAAAAAUUCUCUGUACACAGGCUAGACCUGCCAGCUCUUUAUUCAGUCAGUGCCAAAACACCUGAAGAGUCAUGUGCACAGAUCUUUCGUGAAGCUCGAAGAACAGUACCAAGUAUAGUUUACAUGCCUCAUAUUGGUGAUUGGUGGGAAGCUGUCAGUGAAACUGUGAGAGCUACUUUCCUAACUCUGCUGCAAGAUAUACCAUCUUUCUCCCCUAUAUUUCUACUGUCUACCUCUGAGUCCAUGUUUAGUGAAUUGCCUGAAGAGGUGAAAUGUAUUUUCAGAAUCCAGUAUGAAGAGGUUUUUUAUAUUCAAAGACCAAGUGAAGAAGACAGAUUGAGAUUUUUCAAAGGCUUAAUUCUUGAUGAGGCAGCAAUGCCCCCACCAAGAAGGAAACAGGCUGCUCUUCGUGCUCUGGAAGUCCUUCCUCUUGCACUGCCGUGUCCUGCCCGGGAGCUGUCGGAGGCAGAGAAGCAGCGGAUGGAGGACCAGGAGGAGAACACGUUGCGAGAGCUGCGGUUGUUCCUCAGGGAUGUGACCAAGAGGCUGGCCACAGACAAGCGCUUUAACAUCUUCAGCAAACCGGUGGAUAUUGAAGAGGUUUCAGAUUACCUUGAAGUUAUCAAAGAGCCAAUGGACCUAUCAACAGUAAUAACCAAAAUUGAUAAACACAACUAUUUAACAGCCAAGGAUUUUCUAACAGACAUUGACCUGAUCUGCAGUAAUGCAUUGGAGUACAAUCCAGACAAAGACCCUGGAGAUAAAAUAAUUAGACAUAGAGCAUGUACUUUGAAGGACACUGCUCAUGCCAUCAUUGCUGCUGAACUGGAUCCAGAAUUUAAUAAGAUGUGUGAAGAAAUCAAGGAAGCAAGAAGAAAAAGAGGCUUAUCAGUACCAGCAGAACAGAUAAAUCCUCAUGGUUCCACUGUACGGAAAACAGAAGCUCGAGUUGAGGAGGCUUUUCGGAACAAACAAAAACCUACGAUGGCGGUGUGGCCCAACUCUGCGACUAAAUGUGCAUUUCGAAUAAGGAGGAAAUCGAGACGGCGCUCGCAGUGGGGCAAAGGCAUUAUUAAGAAGAGGAAGGUCAAUAAUUUAAAGAAAGAUGAAGAUGAUGCAAAGUUUGCUGAUGAUGAAAAUCACGGUGAGGACAGUAAACUGCUGGAAAAUGGAGAGCUAGAGAUCAGCACUGACUGCAUUGAGGAGAAUGGAGAGGAAACAGGAGACCUCUCUAUGACAAAUGAUGAAUCAUCCUGUGAUAUUAUGGAUAUAGAUGCAGAGCAGAGGCUUAACAAUGGGACAUCAGCAAAGGAAAACAAUUUUGCAUCCACAGAAGAAGAGAGCUCAAAUGAAUCCCUGUUAAUAACUGACAGUGUUACCCUGGGUACUGAAAAGGAUUUAAGGAAGGACUCUACGUCUAAAGGGGACUGUGUGAAUGGAGAGACAUCUGUACCCAGCUCCGAAGGUGUACCUGUUCCAGCCUGUCAUAAUGGCAAAAUGGAAUCACUUGAUGCUGUUUCACCCUGUGACAACAGUGAUAGUAACAAGCAAAAAUCUUUAUCUGAAGAUCAGCCAAAGGAGAAGAUGGAAGCUUCCAGUGAAAGUCAAGGAAGUGAUCUAGUGAAAGAUGAGUUACCACAUUGCAGCAAUAAUGAGAAAACACUACAGAGCACAGACAUGGAAACUAAAGAUGCUGAAGCAGAUAAAGAAGGUAUAUUCAAAAGCAAGAAAACACGAAAAGUCGCUGUGGAACAGUCAAAGCCCACAAGUUUGGAGCAGGUCCCAGAGGAACCAUCAGAUCCCUUACCCUCUGUAAUUGUUGACCAUGACAGACUAAAGAAACUGCUUGAUUUGGUGGUUAAGAAAAGUGACAACCUGACUGUUGACCAACUUGAGAGAUUGUAUUCACUCCUCAGUCAGUGCAUCUACAGACAUCGUAGAGACUAUGACAAAUCGCAACUUAUAGAGGAGAUGGAAAGAACAGUUCAUGUGUUUGAAACAUUCCUGUGAACUUGUCAAGAUGGGUGGGUUUAUCCUCUCAAACUGCUCAUGGGAGAGCAGCCCUCUGAGCCAUUCAGUUUCCAUUUGCACCAAGUAUGUGCAGAGCCUUGGUCUUAAGUGCUCUCUCUUUUUGUUUCUGUUGAAUUUGGUGCUAUUGUCUCAGGUACCUGAAACCAACCAGCCUACAAGAACCAAACAGAACUUCAUAUAGUUGUAUCUGAUAUAAAUAAAGAAUACAAUGCCACAGCUUGGAGAUUUUUUGGUGCUACAGAAACUGUUCUCAUUCCUGCUCUUGUUCACUCUACAUGCAUUUAUCUUUGGGGAAAACUUCGGGCAAGGUGAAGACCAACACACACAAGAGGACUGGAAAGAGCAGAUCUAAGUUGAAUAUUUUUAAACAGGCAACCUUUUUUUAAUUUUUUUUUUUCCAAUUUUUCUCUUCUCUGGGGUAAUGGACAAAACAAAUCUGUUCUAAAGAAGGCAGUGAUGCGUUGUGGUAGGAAUCUUGAGUAACUGGAUGUACAGUAAUUUGAAGAUGAGGCUCUCUAGAACUGCCUUUAAUGUGCCUUUUAGUCAAGUGAGAAAGAUUAGGCUAAGCAAUUUGUUUGGAUUAUAGCAAAUGGCAAUGUUAGAAAGCUGUCUGCAGAAUGAAGAUCUCCAAAAGGAUGAAUUGUAUUCUCUUCAUUGGAUGGCAACCAGUAUUAUGGUUCUAUAAUGCCUGUCUUACUCUACAGAACUAAACUAAGACACACUGAAAAAGCCACAUACUUUACCAAAAUGGUGAAAUUCCUUUUUCAUUGGUAUAUAUUUGUUUUAAAAACAAGUCACACAGUGAAACUCUUCUGUGUUGCUAAAAAUGAAGCAUUUUCCCACCAUUUCCUUGUUUUCCAGUGUGAGUUCUUUAAGGAAAACAAGGUUAAUACUGGCAGGUUUCAUUCUGAAGUUGUGUGUUUGUAAUAUAGCUUGGACUGUGCAGUGCAGGUAAGACACUAGAGUUGGUCAAAUGCUGGAGCCCAACCUCAGUUGAAAAUAAAACUUACAUUAGGUUUCACAAGUUGUUCCGUGCAAAGCAUUGUUACUGUUUGGGGGAUUGGAGCACAUCCUUUGGAAUCCAUCUGUUCAGACCGGGGUUCUCUGGGUCUGAACUGUGGAGUUCAACACCUUUCCUCUCUGGCAACUGGAGAGAAUAAGUCUAGGCAAUU